AUGACUAACAGCGGCGAGCCCAACAAGACCACUGGUCAAUUCCACUCUACCAAGGGCAACGUCGUCGAGACCAUCGGCAACCUCACCGGAGCCACAAGCUGGCAAACAUCUGGCAAGAAGGAACAUGCUGAAGGCGAAGCCGAAUACAAGGCUGCUCAAGCUAAAGGCUACGUUGAGGGUGUUGCAGAUCGUGUCGGUGGAAAGAAGGACGCGAUUAUUGGUUCAGUGACGGGCGAUAGAUCAAAAGAAGUUGCUGGUAACCUUCGUCAGGACAAGGGUGAAGUUAAACAGAACAUCAAUGCGCCCGCAUAGAGUCAAACUCUUAUGUUUCCUAUCAUCGGACACCGUGAUAUAUCCACCACUACGCUCCUUCACGGUAUUGUAACGCUGUAACAUACUUUGUACACUAUACCAUCAUACACGUAUGAAUCAACUUAACUGUUCCCCUUGCGUGUCGCCUUCCUUCAUUUGAGUCGACGCAAACCAUCUGGGAACAGCACACUUCUUUCGUUAUGUGCCAGAACGCCGCAGAUGCUUGCUCCUUCGUGACCUUCAUAUC